AUGUUUGGAUUUAAUUUAUUCUUUCGAAUCAAGACGGAAGAUUCCAUGGAUUUUGGUGUGAUAUUUUUGUUUUAUGGACUCUACUAUGGAGUGAUGGGAAGAGAUUUUGCAGAGAUUUGUUCUGAUUACGUGGCUUCCACUAUAGGCAUAAGUUUUUAUAAUGUCAGUGGGAUGCCUACAAGAAAUUUGUCCAAUGACAUCUGUGCCGUCUGUAGACAGAAAAUCUUUGUGGACAUAAAUGAGGAAGGGAUAAUUGAAAAUACCUACCAGCUAUCAUGCAAUCAUGUAUUUCAUGAAUUUUGCAUCCGAGGUUGGUGCAUUGUUGGCAAAAAGCAGAUUUGCCCAUACUGCAACGAGAAAGUUGAUUUGAAGAGGAUGUUAAGUAACCCGUGGGAGCGUACACAUGUUUUGUAUGGGCAACUGUUGGAUUGGCUCCGCUAUCUGGUGGCCUGGCAACCAGUUGUUAUAGGAAUAGUCCAAGUCAUUAACUAUUCGCUGGGCUUAGACUAGGAUAUGUGAUUAUACCCAGAAUGUAAAAUGUUGGGUAUUUCAAUAUGUAAAAUACUAUUUAUAUCCUGUAAUUAAUAUUGUAAAAAUAUAAUUAAGACUGAUCUCUGGUGUUCUUGUUGCACUGCUCUACAAGAGCCUCAGGUGGACCUCGCUGAUGUUACAGCAAUUCUACAUUACUUGAACAGCAUGAAAUUAAAACAUUUCCGAUUUUCUCAAAGUGUGCAUGGAAAGGGUCUCCUUGAAAGGAGCAUUUAUGACAGGACAAUGUUAGUAAAAGAAAUGGCUAUUUCUGAAUAUUGUUUUUAUAUUUGCUGCACUAGUAAGUAUGUCAAUAGCACCAACUGAUUGAUGUUCAAGCCAGAUUACUGAAAGACGGGUAGUGUAAAUAGGUAGCCACCUCUUGAGCACACUCUCCUGGCCUGGGUGGUUCUGCAGCACACUUUCUCAGUUUCCCUUUCUCCCAGGGCUCCUCAAAAAUGUCACCAAUUUCAUGUAAUUUUAAAAUAUCUCCCUUCUGGAGGGGGAUCCACUUUAGCCUAUAGAGACAUUAGUACUUCAUACCAGUUCCCCAGCGGGCCCCAGGGUUCUACAGUUUGAACAGUUCUCUCUCCUGGAGUCAGGAGUCCCUCCUUCUCAGAGCUGAGUUCAGUCUCUCUCAUUGAAUCAGGAGUCCCUAGCCCUCCUUCCUGAAGCUGGGUUAUAAUCCAAAGAGUCCCUUUAUUCCCUACAGGAAUCAGUCUCGCUCCUUACAGCACUGACCUGCAACAGCUUCUUCAGGCCAGUUGCUUCUGUUCUGCCUGACACUCCCAGCCCUACGUAGCUCAAGUGGGAGACAGUAAUACUCCAGUUCCUCACUCUCCCUCAGGCUUCUCCCUUAUAUCUGUUGGCCUGGCCUCAGUUAGUCAUGACCUCAUUUAUUAGUACUCAUCCUUCCCAUCUGGGGAGAGGAGCUAAGCUUGUCCCAGGUAGGGCUGUGGCCUAUCACCCCUUAAGGGGCCCAGCCACUCUGUGACAGGUAGCAUUGGCUGAUGAAAUUGAGGAUUGGCUCAUAAAACUUAAAUGCAACACUAGAGCUUGGCA